GUUCACCCUGCUGAAGUUCAGAGCAUGUUGUUUUGAAGUCAGUUUAGUUCUAGACUUGGUCUGUCUCCCCAAAAGCAGGAGCCAAGAUGGCAAGCAAUUGUCUGUCUUUGCUUCUCCUCUUCACUUUGAUGUCCUGCUCUCAAGGACAGGGGAAUCCGUCACUCACUGAGAGCAAGAACAAACCCAACAGAGAAGCUCGCUGCAGCCUGUUCGGGGAGUAUCGCAUCCAGACUUUCGAUGGGAGCUUCUAUGAGUUUCCAGGACACUGCAGUUACAAACUGGCAGGCGACUGCUUGAAGCGUUCAUUCAGUAUUUUAGGUAACUUCCAAAGCGGAAAACGCACAAGCAUUUCUUUGUAUCUGGGAGAAUUCUUUGAAGUCACUCUAUCUUUGAAAGGAGAAGCAUCUGUGAGGAAGGAAAGGGUCUUGCUGCCUUUUGCAUCCCAUGGAGUGUUUAUAGGAACAGAAGCAGGUUUCUACAUCAUAUCCAGUGAUGAAUAUGGGUUCACAGUUAGGAUCGACACAAGUGGAAAUGUGGCCAUUAUGCUAUCAAAAAAAUACGCUGGUCGGACAUGUGGACUGUGUGGCAAUUACAAUAAUUUCCUGCAAGAUGACUACAUAACUCAAGAAGGUUUCCAGGUAGAGAACAGUUAUGAUUUUGCCAACUCUUGGGCAAUGCAUGAUGUUGGGGAGCUGUGCAACAGAGUAUCACCUCCAAGCAAGACCUGCAAUAUGUCUUCUGAGGCAAUACAAAAUAACAUGAUGAAGAAAUGCAAAAUGCUCAAAACAAGCAAAGUAUUCCAAAGCUGUCAUGACCAUUUGGAUCCAGAACCAUUCAUUGCACUUUGUGAGGAUGAUAUGUGCCACUGCCCAGGAGAAAAUUGUCACUGUCAUGCAUUUUUGGAAUAUGCAAGGUCCUGUACGCUGAAAGGUUUACUUCUCAAUAACUGGUUUACAGCAAGUGAUUGCACGCUGAGUUGUCCGACUGGAAUGGAGUAUCGAGUCUGUGUGCCAGCUUGUGAACAAACAUGCAGGAGUUUAAAUAUCAAUCAGUUAUGUCAUGAGCAAUGCAUGGAUGGCUGCACUUGUGGAGAUGGGAGACUGUUAGAUGGAGAUACUUGCGUUGCUUCUUCAGAGUGUUCUUGCAUGCAUAUGGGUAAACAGUACCCUCCUGAUUCAAGCAUCUCCCAGGACUGCCGCACAUGUUUUUGCAGGCAUGGAAAAUGGGAGUGUACCAAUGAAGCCUGUCCAGGAGAAUGUUUUGUCAUUGGACAGUCACACUUUAAGAGUUUUGACGAUAAGUAUUUCACCUUCAUUGGAAUGUGCCAGUACUUACUAGCAAAGGAUUGUGAAGAAAACACAUUUGCAGUCUUCAUUGAGAAAGUGCAGUGUGCAGAUGACCCAGAUGCUGUUUGUAUAAGAUCAGUCAUGCUGAAGUUCCAAGAGCUGGGCAACAUGACGAUUAAACUUAAACAUGGCGGCAGAGUUUCAGUGAAUGGCAUGGACGUGCAGCCACCGCUGUAUCAAGAUCCCCUUCGUAUUAAGCACACUGUUCUCUCAUCUGUUCGGGUGAAUUAUGAUGAAGAUUUUCAGCUUGACUGGGAUGGAUAUGGAAAGGUUUACCUGAAGCUGGGUGCCAUAUACACAGGGACAACUUGUGGUCUGUGUGGAAAUUUCAAUGGAAACCAGGGUGAUGACUUCCUCACACCAUCUGGACUUGUUGAAACAGAGAUGGUCAAUUUUGGAAACUCCUGGAAGCUGAAUGGUGGCUGUGCUGACCUGGAACUGAUCCACACUGACCCAUGCAAUUUAAAUCCAAAGAGAGUGAGUUAUGCCGAGGAGGUUUGCUCUAUUCUAUUGCUAACUGAGUUUGAACCGUGUCACCGGGAGGUGAAUCCUGCACCAUUCCUCAAGAUCUGUCACUAUGAUGUGUGCGCAUGCUCCAAUGGCAACGAAUGCCUGUGUUCUGCUGUUUCCAGUUAUGCUGAAACGUGUGCCAGGAAAGGGGUACUUGUUACCUGGAGGUCCCCAGACUUCUGUGAAAUGACUUGUUCUGACGAUCAGAUAUAUGAACAGUGUGGCACACCAUGUAACCAGAGCUGCAGAUCACUCUCGAAUCCAGAUGAGGACUGCACUGAAUUCUGUGUAGAAGGAUGUUACUGUCCACCCAAUCAUUUUGUCAAUGAAGAUGGCAAGUGUGUGCCCAGAUCUAAAUGCUUCUGCUACUUCAAUGGCGAAAUCUACAAACCUCAUGAGGACAUUACAUUUGACUACACCAUCUGUUACUGUGAAAAUGGUGUGAUGCGUUGCAGUGCAAAUAAUUUAGCCCAUCAUUAUCCACCAAACAUUUUCUUAGACACAGAAGAGGGUGGCAGAGCCAAACGAGAGGCAAGUUGUGACUCACCAAUGAGUAGAUUUUCUUGCCCAGAAGAUGACCCUACAGCCCAAGGUACCGAGUGUCUAAAGACGUGUCAGAACUACGAUUUGGAUUGUGUGAGCUCAAAAUGCAUAUCAGGUUGCAUGUGUCCUCAUGGGCAGGUACAAGAAGAGAACACAUGCAUUUCUCCAGAAAUGUGCCCGUGUCCACACAAUGGCAAGGAAUAUCGCCCUGGAGAGACUGUCAGGCAUGACUGCAAUACCUGUAAAUGCUUCAAUCGAAAGUGGCACUGCACUGACAAAGUCUGUGAUGGAACUUGCAUUGGAGUCGGCGAGUCCCACUACAUAACUUUUGAUGGACUGAAGUAUACAUUCCCAGGGAAAUGUCAGUAUGUCCUGGUACAGGAUAGUUGUGAUGGGACUGAAGGGACUUUCCGUAUUAUAGUAGAACACACUGGCUGUGGCGUGCCAGGCGAAGAAUGCUCGAAGGACAUCACUGUGUUCUAUGACGGAGGAGAGCUUGAGCUGUUUGGAAAAGAGGUGACUAUCAAAAAGCACCUUAAGAAUGAAAGAGAUGUGCAAAUACACAAAUCUGGUCUUUACUACGUAAUUAUAUUGGGCAAAAAGAUUACCAUUCUCUGGGACAAGGGCAUUCGGAUCUCCAUUCAACUUCAGGGCCAAUACAAGGGUAAAGUUUGUGGAUUGUGUGGCAACUUUGAUGGAAAUGCAAACAAUGAUUUAGUUGGCAGUGGUAAUCAACUUGAAAUUAAGCCCAUUGAUUUUGGAAAUUCAUGGACAGUGAAGCAUUUGUGUGCAGAUGCCUACGAGACACCUUCUCCAUGCAGUGGAAACAGCCUGAAGCAGUCAUUAGUUGAAAAUUCAUGCGACAUCAUCAAAAGUGGCCUGUUCAGUGAAUGUGCACAGUUGAUUGACCCUCAACCUUUCUGGGAGAUUUGUGUGUAUGACACCUGCUCUUGUGACUCUACUGGAGAGUGUCUGUGUCUAUGCAAUGCUAUAGCAGCCUAUGCACACGAAUGUGCACAACUCGGCAUCCUUGUCCAGUGGAGAACUGCUAAUCUGUGCCCAAUAAGCUGUGAAGAACUGAACACCGGACAGGCAGAAUACGUGUGUGAGUGGCGAUACAAUGUGUGUGCUCCUGCUUGCCCAAAGACCUGCCAACAUCACCUUGAAGAGGAAAACUGCCCUGUGAACUGUGUGGAGGGCUGCCAUGCAUAUUGUCCUUCAGGAACUAUACUGGAUGAGAGUUCACAAAAAUGCAUUGAUCCUGCACUUUGUCCAGUGUGUGUCCAUGAGGGUCAACGUAUUCCAGAUGGACAGACAAUCGUUAUUAAUGAAGGAACAGAACACUGUCAGACCUGUUUAUGUACUGGAACUUUCUUGCAUUGCCAAAAUUGCCCGGUAUCGGAAAAAACGCCAACUUUGACCCCGUCACCAGAAGUCCCUGAUAUAAUCUCUGGUGGCUGCCAUAGGGUAAUGGAGCUGGCUUUCUUGAUUGAUGGCAGUAUGUCAUUUUCGAAGGAGGAAUUUGAAGAAGUGAAGAAGUUUGUGCUGGCAAUGAUGGAACAGAUGCAGAUUGGCCAAUCCAACAUACGUGUUUCUGUCCUGCAGUUUCAUUCACGCAUCACAAAACUGUUUGAUUUGUGGGAAAAAAAGAGUGUAAGAGAACUGAAGGCAUUAGUGAAAACAAUGCAGUACAUUGGCGAUUCUAGAUCAAAUCUAGCUGAAGCUCUGAAGCACACAGCAAUUCUUGUGUUUGGAAAGGAUGUAAGGAAAAAGGUUCCCAAAGUAGCCAUACUUGUGACAGCUAGUGCCUCAUCUAAAGGUGUUACAAAGGUCUUGCCUUUCAUCAUCAAGAGGAAAGUCACUAUGAUCACAGUUGGAAUUGGUUCACAUAUAAAUAAAAAAGAAAUAAACUUGAUAACAUCCAAAUCACGUGAUGGCAAGUCAUUCAUUUUGAAGAAUGUCAGUGAGCUUAAAGAAUACAGAAGUACAAUCUUAGAUUAUAUGUGCAGUCGUGGAGCUACACCACCACCUCCUACCAUCCCAGGAACUGUACCAGCAGGAAUACCAUCAACAACCACCACAUCCCCCCCUGCCGCCCAGGUACUGAUCACCACCACACCGCCAAGGCAAGGUAAAAAAUGGGAUGUUGUGUUCCUUGUGGAAGACUCAAAUAAGGUUGGGGAAGCUAACUUUAACAGGACAAAAGAAUUUAUGAUAAAAACUGUAGAAAAAUUUCAUGUAACAGAGAUAACCACGCAUAUAUCUGUCAUCCUGUUCUCUGAUAAAAUAAACGAUGAAUUUACUUUCAUUAGCUCUCAGAGUUACUGGGAAGUGAUCGAAAGAAUAAGACAAAUGCGGUUUCAUGGAGGAGAGCAGACCAACACUGGCAGUGCUAUAAGUUACGUCAUUGAAGAAACAUUAAGUUUGCAGAAUGGUGCAAGGGAGGAAGCACCUGACUUAGUGUUCAUGAUAACCAGCAACCCUCCAUCAGACAGUAUCACAAAUCCAAUAAAGGCUGUCAAAGACAACAACGUAGACUUAAUACCAAUUGUUGUUGGAUCUGAUAUCGAUAUAGCUGAGUUCCCAUUUCCAGUUGUGCAAACUACCUAUGCCAAUAUUACUGAUAUAGUUAACAAGGUUUACAAAACUUGUUGCCAACCAGCCACUGAUGAAACGAUGCCUACGACUUUGGCCACUACCACCAGUACCACCACAACACGACUGCCAUUAGCUCCAUGCACUGAGCCAAUGGAUGUUGCCAUACUCCUCGAUGCUACUGACAGAGUUGGAGAGUCACAGUUUGACAAAAUGAAAUCAUUCGUGAAAGCCUUUGUUGGUAAAAUCCAAACAGGAACAGAUGCCACUCAUAUCUCUGUGCUGCAGUACGGAAGGGACAUGACACAGGAAAUUUCUUUCGAUGAAAACCAGGAAAAGGAACAGCUUUUCGAAUUGAUUGACCAAAUUCAGCAAAGGGUAUCAGGACCAAGUCGCCUCGGAUCAGCACUCUCCUUCUCCGUACAGAAUAUGGUAAUGGAAGCAAAAGGGGCAAGAGUUGGUAUUCCAAAGAUUGUCGUGAUGAUAGUGACUGACACCUCUAAAGAUGAUGUUGGUCGGGCAGCACAGGAAGCAGUGAUAACAGGUGUAACAGUGAUUCCGAUAGGCAUAGGUAAAAAAAUUGAUGAGCAACAACUUCUAACCUUAGCUGGGCAUAAUCCAAACAAUGUCUUUCACGUGGCUAAGACAGAAAAUCUUCCCAUCAUGAUGACAAUUAGUAAUAACUUUAUGGAAACAAUCUGUACAGCAACUUUACCUCAGGAAUGCAUUGAUGACAAGGGGAAUCGACGACAGGCAGGAGAGAAGUGGAUGUUGCCCGAUAAAUGUCACAGUUUCACGUGCAAAGCAAAUGGAGAAGUGGUUUCCACAAAUCAUAUAAUAAACUGUGAUAAGCUACAGAAACCCACCUGCAGCAACAAUCUAUCCAGCAUCAAAAUUGAGGAAAAGUGUGGCUGUCGGAAUGCAUGCCCCUGUGUAUGCACAGUGACUGCAAAAACACAGUUUGUUACUUUUGAUGGACGCGAGUUCUCAUUGACCGGGAACUGCUCUUACUUGUUGCUCCAAGUUGAUGAUCAAGAAACAAAAAUCAUAAUUCAUAAGAGUCCCUGUCACUCAAACGCCAAAGAAAACUGCCUUAAAGCAAUUGAAAUAAAGCAAUACAGCAUUGCAACCCUGCUAAAUGAUGAUAUGACAGUUUCAGUCAAUGGAAAAUUUGUCUCUCUGCCUUUAACUGUCGUGAAUAUGGAGGUCAUUGACCAUGGGUCCAACAGCUUUGUAGCAAAUAUUCCAGAUUUGGGAAUAGCCCUUGUCUAUAGUCCAUUUAGCAACCUUUUCAUUCUUUGGGUUUCUCCGACACUGUUCCACACCAGAGUAUCUGGGCUUUGUGGUAAAUGUGACAACAAUCCACUCAAUGAUUUUGAACUCCAGGAUCAUUCUGUUGUUAAUAACAGUCUCACGUUUAUAAAGGAUUGGACUCUGAAAGAAUCGUCACAGGGUUGUUUUGAACAAGUGCUCGACACAUCCCCGGAUUGUAAAUUAACUGGAAAUGAGUGCAGCAUUUUGCAUUCCGCAAUAUUUGAUGAAUGCAGGAAAGUAGUCGAUGUGCAACCAUAUCUCAGACAAUGCGAACAGGAAGCCUGUAACAAGAAUGAUAUAUGUGACUCCAUUUCAGCAUAUAACUUCCGAUGCAAUCUUAUGGGCAUCUGUGUUAACUGGAGGUCAAAUGAUUUUUGCUCUAUUGAGUGCCCCGAUUCCUUCGUUUACGAACCUUGUGGGAUAAAUUGCAUCCAGCAUUGCGAUAACCUUGCGACAAAGAACACAACACAUUGCCUAGAUUCUCCGACUGAAGGCUGCUUCUGUCCAGAAGGGAAAGUGCUGCUGGAAGGAAAAUGUGUCACAGCUGAUGUCUGCAGUCAAUGUAUUGAUGAUCAGCAAAUUCCUCGUCAGCAUUUGGAUACAUGGAUACCGCAUGACCGACCUUGCCAGUUCUGCACAUGCUUAGACAACAGGCAGAUUAACUGCACAAACAGAUUGUGUCCUACCAUCACAGUCCCAUCAUGUGGAGCUUGUGAAAAGGCAACAUUACGACGGAAUGCUGAUGAGUGCUGCCCACGGUAUGUUUGUGUUUGUGAUUUGCUCAGCUGCGAUCAGCCACCCACCCCAACAUGUGAAGAUGGAAGUAUUCUGUCAUUGAAAAAUCCAGGCGAAUGCAAAUCAACUUAUGAAUGUGUCUGCAAACGGAACCAAUGUGAAGCCAAGUCUAUAACAUGCCCACCUCACCGAACACUGUCUGUUAUAAAGACACAAUGUUGUGACAAAUACGAAUGUGCUUGCAGUUGUAGCAGUGAGGUAGUAACCUGUCCUGCUGGAUAUUCAGUCAAGUCAGUGAUAAAUGACUGCAACUGUACCACAUCCUAUUGUGAACCUAAUGAGGUCUGUGUUCACAAUGGUGUUGUCUACAUGACUGGAAAGACAUGGGAGGAGUCUUGCCAACAAUGCACCUGCACUGACAGGAAGAACGCUGUCACAGGACUUCAUGAAGUGGAGUGUGUUACUAAAACCUGCAAGAAUGUUUGUCCAGCUGGGCAGAUCUAUAGAGAUGUGGAAGGUGCAUGUUGUGGAAAAUGCAAAGUUGCAGUUUGUGAAGUUGAUGGUUUCAACAGAGGUGACGAAUUUGCGCAGAAGAUUGUCUAUCGAGCUGGUGAAAGAUGGCCAUCCCUGGACGAUCCAUGUAUCACGAUGGAAUGCUUGGACCUCAAUGGGGAAGUGAUUGUGCAUGAACUAAACAAGUCAUGUACCCAUAUUGAUGUACCCAAAUGUCCUCUCGGCUAUGAGCUGAAGUGCAAUGGAGUCAGAAACUGUUGUCCCAUGUGCCAGUGUGUUCCAGGAAACGUUUGCAUACUGAAUGGAACCAGCAUUGGGGCCGGAGACACUUUGAAAAUAGAUGACUGCACUGAGUGCCGUUGCUCAGAAGAAAUGGACAGAUUGACAAAUACACACUCACUUCAGUGCAGUACCAAACGUUGUAGAAAUUGCCCUGAUGGAUACAGAGUGAAGAAGGAAAAGGGUUCUUGUUGUGGAAUAUGCCUGGCCACAAGGUGUAUUAUCCAUCUGGGAAAUGGGACGGUGGUUAUGUUAAAGGCAGAUGAAAGUAUACAAGAUGACUGUGACUCAUACAGAUGCAAAGUAAAUGAAAAUGGAGAGAUUUCUACAGAGAAACGAACAGUCCAGUGCACUCCACUUGAUAAGGAAGAAUGCAUAUCUGGAGGGGGUGAAAUUGUCCGCGUGGAUAGUUCCUGUUGCUUCUCCUGCAAGUACAAGCCACAACAGUGCAGAAAGAUAACUGGAAUAAUUAAACAUAUUAGGAUUGACGACUGUGUGACUGAAAAAGAAACUUACAUGCAUUACUGUGAGGGACGCUGUUCAAGCAAAUCAGCCUAUUCCAUGCAGGAGGAUGGUGUGCAGAAUGAAUGUACUUGCUGUUCAGCGACAGCAUCAACACCACUGUUAGUGCCACUGCGAUGUCUGAAUGGAACCGUACUCCAACAUAAAGUCAUUGAUAUGCAAGAAUGUGCAUGUGUUGCUCAUAAAUGUGAAUGAAUGGAAACAUGAAAGACAGUAACUGGACAUUGUGUUUUAUUGAGAACUGGCAUUAUUUCAGUAUUGAAUUCUCAGCGGACCAUUCAUUUCACAAAUAACAAUAUCCAACCUAACGCUAGUUCUUACUAUGAAAGCAUUCCUUGUAAAUGUGAUUAAUUGCAAAAUCUCAUUAACAACUAUGAAUCUGUCUUACUGAUCAUAUUAAAUGUAAUGGUUUUCAAUUUAUUCAAAGGAAAAUAAAAAUUUUCAUCAGUUGUGUUGAAUUGUAAA